AUGAAGCUCUCCGCCGUCCUUGCCAUCCUCCUCCCCCUGACGCUCGCCACGCCGACACCGACUGUCGAGAAGCGCGCAACGACCUUCUGCGGCCAGUGGGACUCGGCCGUCGCCGGCACCUAUACCGUCUACAAUAAUCUCUGGGGCAUGAGCGCCGGCACCGGAAGCCAGUGCACGACCCUCACGGGCCUCUCCGGCAGCAACCUACAGUGGUCCACCACCUGGUCCUGGUCCGGCGGCCAGUACAACGUCAAGUCGUACGCCAACGCCGUCGUCAAUAUCAGCAAGAAGGCCCUGAGCACCAUCAGCAGCAUCCCCUCGACCUGGACCUGGAGCUAUUCCGGAACCGGCAUCGUAGCCAACGUAGCCUACGACCUCUUCACCUCCUCCACGGCCACCGGCUCCGCCCAGUACGAAAUCAUGAUCUGGCUCGGCGCCCUCGGCGGCGCCGGCCCCAUCAGCGCCACCGGCAGCACCAUUGCCACCCCGACCGUCGCCGGCCGCACCUGGAACCUCUACAAGGGCGUCAACGGCCAGAUGACCGUCUUCAGCUUCGUCGCCCCCAGCGACGUCCAGAGCUUCAGCGGCGACCUCAAGGCCUUUACGACCUACCUCGUCAACAGCCAGGGCCUCCCUUCCUCCCAGAUUCUCCAGAGCAUCGGCGCCGGCACCGAGCCUUUUGUCGGCUCGGAUGCAAAGUUCACCACCACUGCUUACACUGCCUCUCUUUCCUGA